CCGCGAUUUUGAUAACCUAAAUUUGGCAUGAAAUUCAAAAAUAUAGGCGUAUACUUUCGGUUGACCGCAGUCAAUAUGUUUUAUUAAUUGGUACGUAAAAAAUACUCAUGCGGCCCAUAAUAAUACUUCUUGUGCAUCUUUGUGGCGUUUUUGGUGCCGGGGAACUUGCCAAACAAAAAUGUAUGGAAUAUUCGAAAGCUGUUUAUGCUCAACAGAAUAGCCCUCUACUUUUACCUGGCAGCCGAAAGGAUACUGUUUCUGAAUGUGGUAUUGUUGAAGUUCCCUUAAUAGUGGGUGGAACUAAAGCUACCAAAAACGAAUUUCCUCAUAUGGCUGUUAUUGGAUUUGGUAAUACUAACUCACCUCCAUUCACCUGGUUAUGUGGAGGAGCUUUAAUAAGCGAAAGGUUUGUCCUUACAGCGGCCCAUUGUUUAGAUACAGACAAGUAAGUAUUUUUUUUACUUUUUGAAACUA